CUACGAUUAACUACAAAAUUACAAAUCAUAAAUAAUUACAACUAUCUGAGAAAAAUAUACAUCAUUCAAGGAAAGCAUAUUCAUUGCGACUAAUUACAAUAUUAAAUAUACAAGCAUGUUUUGUUAAGAUAGUGCUCAAAUUGUAAGCACUCCCUGAGAUACAGGUCUGCGGAUGUUUAUGUUAGGAGAAGGACAUACAUUAGACUAAAUAAUUUUGUUUUGUUUUUAAUGGAAUCCAUUGAAAAAGUUUUGAAAACUUUGAGUGCUGAUCAAAUGGCACAAGUAAUUGCUAAUGUUCAAAAAGAUUUGGAAAGUGAAAUAAUCAAUAAAAAACAAACAUUAGAACAAAUUGAUCAAAAUAUUUACUCAUGUAUUGCUAAUUUAAAAAAAUUAAGAAGAAGCAUCAUAAUUUCACAUUAUGCUAAAAUGAAAAAUAAUGUUGAAGGCCAAAAAAAUGUUCAAAGAGAUGCUAUUCUCAAAAAUUUAGAUUGUGAAGAUGAAGCUAAGGAUUUAAGUAUAUUUAUGACCAAUCUUAAAAAUGUAUCUGUCCAAAUAAAAAAUGAACCUUUGAGCAACAUUGAACAAAUAAGCAAACCCAUUUUACAUAAUGCAUUGCCUUAUUUAAAUUUUGUUCCUGGUACAGGGUUAACUGAUUUAACAUAUGUUAUAGGAAAUACUGUCAAAAUCAAUGAUUCUGAUAAUGAAAUGAAAUACAAAUGGACAGUUUAUGUGCGUAAUGCUGAAGAAGGAAUAGAUAAUCUAAUAUACAUUGAUAAAGUUACAUAUUUCUUACACGAAUCUUAUGAACCUAAUCAUAUUAUAGAUGUGGUUCAGAAACCAUUUUCAUUAACCAGGCAUGGAUGGGGUGAAUUUGUAGUUCGCUUACGGUUAUAUUUUAAAGGCAACAUGAAUGUUCAAACUGAUGUAUAUCAUAAACUGUGUCUGGAUAAAGACAUAACAGUUGGUAUCCCAAUGGUAGCUAGGGAACAAACUGUUAAGUAUAAAUUAUUACUACACAAAUAGUACUGAUCACAUUUUUAAAUAAAUAAUUCAUCAUAUGUAUUUA